AUGGCCGGGCUGUCCAGGGCGCUGUGUCGCCAGGCGAAUGUGAGCAUAGCAUUGCGGACAUGCACCUCGCGGCUACGUCUCCGGCCAGCGCUGCAGUCGAUCAGAUGCAAUUCUUCUGCAUCUCCGAAUGAAGUCGUUGUCGAGGGACGGACAUACAAAACCGAUGAGUGGAUGAACACGCCUGCCUCGAUACUUGACGCCAUCCCGCGGCGACUCCACGUCCAGCCCGACCACCCACUCACCAUUACCCGCAAACUGAUCGAGUCCCGCUUUCCCGGCUACAAAACACACAACGAGCUCUUCCCCGUUGUCACCACAGCCCAGAACUUCGACUCUCUAGGUUUCCCUGCGGACCACGUGGGACGCAACAGAACAGACACGUACUACCUGAACAAGCACACGGUGCUGCGCACCCACACCUCCGCGCACCAAGCCGACACCUUCCGCGCAAACGAGUCCGAGGGCUACCUGAUUAGCGCAGACGUCUACCGCCGCGAUGCCGUCGACCGCUCCCACUACCCCGUGUUCCACCAGAUGGAGGGCGCUCGCACGUGGGACCGUGCCGCCGCCUCAGCGUCCGGAAAGUCGCUGGCGGAAACCAUCUGGGCCGACGUCGACAAGAUCCCCAAGCACGACGUUGUCGUCGAGGACCCCAAUCCCACCAUCCACCCGGACCGCAACCCCCUCCAGGCCACGCACAGCGCGGACGAGGUCGAGGCUAUCGCAGCGCAUCUGAAGCGCAGUCUGGAAGACAUGGUGAUUACCAUUUUCAACGCUGCCCAAUCCGCUACCGAUGGCGCCGAAGUUUCGGAGCCGCUCAAGGUUCGCUGGGUGGAGGCCUACUUCCCCUUCACGUCCCCUUCCUGGGAGCUCGAGGUCUGGUGGCAGGGCGAGUGGCUCGAAGUCCUCGGCUCGGGCAUCGUGUCGCAGCCGAUCCUCGACAAUGCAUCCGUGCCUGACCGCGUCGGCUGGGCGUUUGGCCUAGGUCUCGAGCGCAUCGCCAUGCUGCUGUACGGCAUCCCCGACAUCCGCCUGUUUUGGAGCAAGGACAGUCGUUUCCUGUCGCAGUUCAGUGAGGCGGGACCGCUGCGCACCUUCGUCCCGUUCAGCAAGUUCCCCGCGUGCUUCAAAGACGUCUCAUUCUGGCUCGCUGCGGACAAGGGGCCACGGUCCUUCCACGAAAAUGACGUCAUGGAGAUUGCGCGCGAGGUGUGCGGCGACCUCGUCGAAGACGUGCGGCUCGUGGAUGAGUUUGAGCAUCCCAAGACCGCCCGCAGGAGCUUGUGCUACCGCGUCAACUACCGCAGUCUGGAGCGCACGCUGACAAACGAGGAGACGAACACGCUACACGAGAAGCUGCGGACGCUGCUGGUCGCGCGACUGGGCGUGGAGCUGCGGUAG